AAGCUGACAGUGCCACAGUUACACCGAAGACCAGAUGCAACAAGUCACGAUUGCCCAUCGACAAGCCAAGAACUGGCCCGACUGGGUGGCCUUGGGAACGGUGCGAUUGCUGCGAUGGGGAAUGGACUUGGUCACGGGAUACCACCAUCCUCCCCCCGGCAAGGAAAACGAGGCCAAGUUCAAGAUGACCGAGAAGAAGUGGCUUACUCGAUUUGUAUUCCUGGAGAGCGUGGCGGGAGUGCCUGGAAUGGUAGGGGGAAUGUUGCGACACUUAAGGAGUUUGCGACGCAUGAAGAGAGACAAUGGAUGGAUCGAAACCCUUCUGGAGGAGGCGUUCAAUGAACGGAUGCAUCUGCUCACCUUCCUCAAACUCGCAGAGCCCGGAUGGUUCAUGCGCAUGAUGGUUCUCGGCGCCCAAGGGGUGUUCUUCAACGGCUUUUUCAUCUCCUACCUCAUUUCGCCACGGAUCUGCCAUCGAUUCGUCGGAUACCUGGAAGAGGAGGCGGUGAUCACCUAUACUCGGGCGAUCAAGGAGAUCGAAGCGGGCAAACUCCCCGAGUGGGAGAAGCUGGAAGCGCCCAAGAUCGCCAUCUCGUAUUGGCAAAUGCCGGAGGGGCAGCGCAGCAUGAAGGACCUGCUUCUCUACGUCCGGGCGGACGAGGCCAAACACCGAGAAGUCAACCACACCCUGGGAAACUUGAAGCAAGGGGCGGAUCCGAAUCCGUACUCGGCCAAGUACAAGGACCUGACCAAGGCGCACCCCGGAAAGGGCAUUGAAAACCUGAAACCCACCGGAUGGGAGCGAGAGGACAUCAUCUAGGGAUCACAUGGCUUUCCCCGGUUUAUUUCUGCUUAGUAUUUUGUCUAUUUUGUCAGCACGGAGUUUCCGAGGUUGUUUCAUCAUGGGUUGCUGGUUCAACCCGGUGGGGGUUUGCACAGGCGCAGUUGACAUUUGGGUUAAUUCGGCAUGCGGGACUGUAUUUUUACUUUUUAUUGUAUGAUAGAUUGAACUCCUCUCGAUGUUAAAUGAAUGCAGCAUUGACGCAGAUGUA